AUGACAUCACGAAUCGGACAAUAUCAACUCUAUCAAACUCUCGGAAAAGGAAACUUUUCAAAAGUCAAAUACGGAGUCGAUGUCAAUGACGGCACUGCUUGGGCUGUCAAAAUUGUUGAUCGUCAAAUGAUUCAAAAAGAAAAUUUAGAAUCUCAAUUAAGACGUGAAAUUGCAAUCAUGAAAUUACUUUCACAUCGACAUGUGGUCAAACUUCGAGAAGUUUUACAAUCUCCAACGAAAAUUUAUAUUAUUUUGGAAUUGGUGACAGGAGGAGAAUUGUUUGAUCGAAUUGUUAAGGCAAAGAAAUUUGAUGAAACGACGAGUAGAAAAUAUUUUCAUCAAUUGAUUUCUGGAAUUAGUUAUUGUCACUCUCAAGAUGUGUCACAUCGAGAUUUGAAGCCAGAAAAUUUAUUACUCGACGAUAAGGAUGUCUUAAAGAUUAGUGACUUUGGUCUUUCUGCGCUCUGUGUGGGUGCUGGUGAUACCAAGAAAAUGCUCAUGACCACUUGCGGAACUCCGAACUAUGUCGCUCCGGAGGUCCUUCUUGAAAAAGGUUAUGAUGGUAAAAAAGCAGAUAUUUGGUCGUGUGGUGUCAUUCUCUAUGUCAUGCUCACUGGUCACUUUCCAUUCAGUGCAGAUUCUAUUCAAGAAUUAUUUAAGAAAAUUAAGAAUGGAGAACAUAAUCCAUUUCCACAAUAUGUAUCGAGUGAAGCCAAAGAUCUCAUUAAGAAAAUGCUCAUUGUGAAUCCAAAUUAUAGAAUUACCAUUGAGGGAGUCAUGAAACAUCAAUGGUUUAUUGCAGAUGGUGGAGAGGAAUAUACAAAACAAAAUCUUGAAUCUUCCAUUAAAUCGAAAGAGGAUAAAAUUGGAGAUUCUAUCACACAGGAGGAAAUUGAUCGUUCAGUGACAGAGUGUUCGGAAAGUGUGACACCUUCAAAAGAUUCAAAUUCUUUGGAUUCUCCAUCCUCUGCGAAUAAGAAAGCUCCAUUGAAUGCUUUUGAUUUGGCGAGUAUCAUGAUGUCAGGUUUCGUCAAUCCUCUUGUGAAUCAUGUGCCAAACGCCUCUCACAAGACAGUGAAUAUUAGACGUGAGACUCGAUUCAUUGCACGUGGAGAUAAAAAGACUGUUUUGGAGAAAAUUAAGUCUCUGCUUGCUGAGAAAUUGCAAGUAAAAGUCUCGACCACACAUCUGAAUGAUUUGGAAAGCGGAAAGCUUUCUCAGCAAAAUGCAAGUGAUCAGAAUUUAUCAGACAUGAAAUGUUUUGCCACAGUGAAACAAGUGGGAGUGGCCUUCAGUGUGAAAGUCGACCAAACAAGUGUUGGAUUUUGCCUUGUUGAAAUUAGAAGAGGAAAGGGAUCCAUUAUUGACUUUAACUUUUUGUAUCGCCAAAUUUUAUCCUUGUUAGGUGAUGUGGUCAUUUCAGGUGGAGUUCAAACACAAACGUCAUCUGAAGGAAUGUCACAACGAUAUUAUUAA